UGCCAGUUCCCUCAGGCCCAUGCAUGGAACUGUUUGAUAGUUGCGCAGCUUACGUAGGGGCAUGACGACGGCUUGCCUCCAGUCCACGUAUGGCUGGCAAACUUAAACGCUCCAGCCCUUCUGCGCUGGGUAGAAGUACCUAAAACCACUGUCCUAAGUGGUCAAUUUUAGCGGCUGAACCAAGUAGAACUACCGAGGACUACCCAAGUUAAAGCUGCGUACCCCUCCAACCACUAACACCCCACCUUGUUUCCCUCAUCAGACCAGCUGCUGUUCACAUGCCCCAUAUUACCCUGAUACUCGGCAUUCUUCACUCUCUCUGCAAGAUAUUCAUAUGAACUGGACCAUUUGGUAGUCACAGACGGACAACCUGGUCUCUCAAUAGACCGUUUCCGACUUCUCUUGGAAACCAUUCAAAGGCCGGGCCAGGCUCCAACCGGAAGCCCGCCAUGACCAAGAGAACCGCGAUGACGUCGGAUCCCGCGUCGUCAGGCAGUGGUGUUCCAGCACGACCGGCCUCACCCUCGGGCAGCUUCUAUGCAAUGAGCGACGACGACGAGGGCGAGUACAACACGAUUACCCAUUUGGAAACUGGCCGCGGCGUGAAGCUCCUGUAUUCGAAGAGCAAGGUCUACAUCCAUCCCACGCCCUCGGCAAAGGACAACAUACCCGGCUACAUUGCCCUCCUCCAGCAGAAGGCCCCUCGCAAUGGCCGGCCGACCUCAUCUUCGUCCGUCGACUCCAGGUCCCCGGCCUCGUCCGACCUUCUCCUGGCCUGGCUCCCCGAGUCCUCCCUCGGCGACGCCGCGAGCAUCUACGUCAAGGUGGACCUCUGCGACGGCGACUCGCCGCCCAAGCAGUCGUACCUGGUGCCGCCCCCGCCGACCGUGACGACGCACCGCGACUCGGUGGGCCACUACGCCUUCGCCGUGCCCGUGUCGGCCAUCUACAGCCUGCUGGUGCGGCCGCCGAGCAUGGGCUGGUGGUUCGGCAGUGUCAUCAUCAACAGCCGCGCCGGCGACAGCUUCCCGGCCCUCUUCUUCCACGACGGCGAGUGCCAGAGCACCAUCCUGCAGAAGAAGCGCCGCGCCCGCGAGUCCUUCGACCCCUUUGGCGAGGCCGGCGAGAUGUUCUGGGGCGGCGACGAGGUCCUCCGCUGGCUGAGGCGCUACGUCCGCGUCGAGAGGAGCGGCGCCGAGCCCAACGUCUACCUCGUCGAGCCGACCGCCGAGGACAGCGACGCCUUUGGCGGGCAGCCGACGACGAGCUUGGCCGCGCUGAGGGACGGCGGCGGAUUGGGCACUGGUGCCGGGGGUUCCGGGGGGGCAGGCCGCGGCUCGGGCCAGAGGGAGGCCGGCAUGGACCCGUUCAUGAAGUUUGUCAAGGAGACGGGGUGGAACAUCAUGGAGAAGUUCAGCAAGGUGACCACCUUCACCAGACAGGCCGCCCAGGACGUGCUCGACAACCCGCGGGUGCCACCGCAGGUCAGGAAACUGCUCAGGAAUCCCGAGGUGCAGACCCUGCAGGAGGAAUUCGACAGUGCUAGGAUCUACCUGGCGAGGUGGGCGAUGGGUAUCGCCGAACAGGGCGAGCGGGACCGGAAUCAGAGAGUAUGGACCGCUCGGGAUGUCAUGGAACUGGAAGACACCGAUGUUGGGGAAUUCGAGUUGCUCGAAGGCAGCACCGGUCUAUCACUACAAGAUCUGAGGAAACCGGUAACGUUGAAGGAGUGGAAGACCUUCUUCGACCCGAGAACCGGGCGGUUAUCCGUUACGGUAGACGAGGUAAAGGAGAGGAUUUUCCAUGGUGGAUUAGAUCAAGAUGACGGUGUCCGCAAGCAGGCUUGGUUAUUCCUGCUGGGCGUCUAUGACUGGGACAGCACCGAGGAUGAGAGGAAAGCCCAGGCAGCUUCAUUGAGAGACGAAUACAUCAAGCUUAAGGGGUCCUGGUGGGAACGGCAGAUCGAUAAGGGAGGGGAAGGAGAAGAGGGCGAAUGGUGGAGGGAACAGAGAGCGCGCAUCGAGAAGGAUGUGCACAGGACGGACCGCAACGUCCCCAUAUUCGCUGGCGAGGAUAUCCCCCACCCGGAUCCGGAUUCCCCCUUCGCCAGCGUUGGGACAAACGUCCACCUGGAGCAGCUGAAGGACAUGCUCCUCACGUACAAUGAGUACAACAAGGACCUGGGCUACGUCCAGGGCAUGUCCGACCUCAUGGCACCCAUCUACGCGGUUUUGCAGGACGACGCCAUGGCCUUCUGGGGCUUUAAGCACUUCAUGGACCGGAUGGAGCGCAACUUUCUGCGUGACCAGUCUGGGAUGCGCAUGCAGCUGCUAACUCUCGACCAGCUCGUGCAAUUCAUGGAUCCCAAGCUCUAUUCUCACCUACAGGCCGCCGAGAGCACCAAUUUCUUCUUCUUCUUCCGCAUGCUUCUCGUGUGGUACAAGCGCGAGUUCCAGUGGAUGGACGUCCUGCACCUGUGGGAGGUGCUCUGGACAGACUACCUGACCAGCAGCUUCCAUCUCUUCAUCGCCCUGGCCAUCUUGGAGAAGCACCGGGAGGUGAUCAUGAUGCACCUCAAGCACUUUGACGAGGUCCUCAAGUACAGUGAGUUGGCAACCAACCCAGUUCUCCUCCCGCCCUCCCUCUUCCCAGCACUAACGCCCCGAACCAAAAAAAAAAAAGUCAACGAGCUAUCCACCACAAUCGACCUCGACUCCACCCUCGUGCGCGCCGAGGCCCUCUUCCGCCGCUUCCAGCGCCUCGUCGACACCAUCGACAAGAAAGGCACCUUCCCGGCUCCCCGGGCCGCGCAGGGGGGCGAGACCGCCGCCGACACCAGCAGCGCUGCUCCCCCGUCGUCGCCCGCCUCCCCCCGGCAGCAACAGCAGCAGAGGAGGGGGGGGGCCCAGGCCGCCGCCGCCGCCGCCCCGCCGCCCGCGGACAAGAUGAUCACGCCCCAGUUGAGGAAGCUGCUGAGCAGGACCGUCGACGUGCUCCCUAGGCAGGAGGUCGCAGGCAAGGGGGACGGGUUCCUGGCGGGGAAGCUGCGGUGAAAUUCGGGGUUCAGGGGAGAUGGCCGGGGGAUGGGUUUCAGUGCGUCGCAUUAUGAGUGUAAUCAAAGGAGCAUGAGCCGAAGGAGCGAGGGGGGAGAAAAUGAGGACUGAACAAGGGGGAGCGGCGGGUUUGUAUU